UUCUAAGACGGAAAAAACGAAUGAAUGGAGCAUCUUUAUUUGCCUAGUAAUUACUGGAGAGGAGUGUCGUUCAUCAGGAAAUGAAUAGGAUAACAAUGUGUCUGACCUUUGGAAUUCAAACAUGGACGCGGACGGAGAUAGCAUGUCAAAUCUAUUCCGAAGGAUACAUGUUGGACCUAGCGCAAUUCACAUACUCGUGUCUAUUGUGUGACUUAUGUCGUAAAGUACUGUGUGAUCGCAUACCGCAAGGAAAUGAUGUUUUCCCCUUUCUCCCUAUUUGUGAGCGCUUUUGAAUGGUUGCCUUUUCAUUCAAUUUCAAUCGAUUCUUUCAUCCAAGGUGUGGUGGGCGCAUGUGGAAUCACAGUCCUCUGUAAUGUGAUGAGAGUGUACUUCUUCCUUCAAGCAUGCAGUGAUUCAGAUGGGGGAAAAGAUAAGACACAGAAGUCUUCCUCUGGAGGCAGACCUCUGCUGGAACAGUGGAGGACAGCGAUACAUUACUGGUGCCUGGCCGCCCUGCUGUCCCAGGUGGGCCCGCGUGUCUCCUCGCUGAUAAUCCUGGAGUUCUGUCUCCGGGCAGCGUCGGCAGGGAUCACCGCAGGACAGGACAGCUCCAGCAGAGGACCCCAGCUGCUCUUGGUGCAGUGUCAGUUCUCCCUGGGCUGCUGCCUCACCGCCACUCUCGGCUUUCUCCAGCAGGGGGCGGUAAACAGCACUUUAGGCCUACUGCUGGCGGCAGGCCUCAGCUGGGCACUGGCCAGGAUCUGCCAAAGUUUGUGGAAGCAUGUUGAGAAACUGUACCCGCUGCACAGCAAAGAACGCUACUGUGGCAAAUGCAUUAGCCUCCUCACCUCUGGACACUCCAUUCUAGCCUCUCUGCAGAGGGGCGUCAUCCUGGCCUUCGCCGUAGCGUCUUUCGCCGCCAUAUCCACCGUGUAUGACCAAUUUCUGUCUCUAACGGGUGCUCUGAAGUUGUGGACACCUCUGACUCUAUGCUAUGCUAUGCUGGUGGCGUACAUCCAAGGUGAUGAGGAACGCCAGCGCCACUCCGGACUGGAAGUUCUGCUGCGCUCGGUGGUCCUGCGCCUGGGAUCCCUGACCGUGCUCAUGAUGACCGUGGGCCACUGGUCCGACAUGCUCCAGGUCCUCAUCGCGUUCCUCGGGGAAGCCGUGUGUCUGCUGUCCUCCCAGGACCUCAUCGCGGCUCUGUUAAAGGAGGAAGAAGACGACGACAAAGACAUUCGUCCACGAAACUAUAACUCCAGAUCCACAAGCUCAGCAAAGGGCAGAGCACCCAAGAUACCAUCAGACGGCUCUUAGACACGCACCUAGCUUUUUGGAGAUGGGCUGAGACGGAUCUUGUCUACCUCACUGUUCAAACAUUUUUUCUCACAUGGAAUGUGAACAAAUAACACUUCUGUUUGUAUUAUUAUAUUUAGCCUUUUGUUCUGGAGUGACUCACACUUAUUUGUAUUUCUCCCUGUUGUUUGGAGCAAUGAGUAGCUUUACUAAUACACAUUACUUUUAAACAAAAUCCCAAUGCUUCUUACUCUUUCAGUUUCAGUCUUCCAGCAAAUUGGAGUGCAUGAGAACAAAUGUGGCAUAUGGGUUGUCCCUACAACAUGGUUUUCUUGACUCGAACCGAGAACUCAUGAACUUUUACACACACGCGCAACGAUUCUUUUGUUCAGUUGGACGGUUCAUUUCACGCCCUUUCUUCUAUUUUCCACAGUUUGACCUUGAGUUACAAAUCCCCAUUGUUAUCCCCCUUUGGCCAAAAACGAAUACAUGUUGGUUUUUUCGGCCGAUGCUUGACGUACGUCGUGAAACGUGAAGACACUGCUCCUGCCUUCCUUCUUUCUCCGAGAGGCAGAUGAAACCUGGAGUUAUGGGGGGAAGGGCAUGGAGAACUGUGGGGAUUGUGUCAUUAUUAGGCAUGCCCCCUCCUGCAGCCGUGACAUCACUGCAGCAUUCCAUUCCCCUAGACCCUGGAA